AUGGCUCGUCCCCUCAGACCACUCCGUCCUGCUGCCAUUCGUCCGCGCAACGAGCCGCUCCCUCCCCAACCCCGUGAUCGUGUCGCCUCCGCAUGCGACCAAUGCCGCACACGGAAGAUAAAAUGCAACGGCGAAAGACCUACAUGUCUUGAAUGUAUCAAGCGCUCCACCGCAUGCCACUACGCCACGCAGUCAGCGGAAACACAGAACCAGGCCCUAAAGCGCAAGUUCAAAUUGUUGCAAGCCGAGAACGAGGCAUACACUGAGUUCUUCGAGUUGAUGAAGACUGGUUCGGAUAGUGAGAACCGGGAGUUGAUGAGAAGGGUCAAGAUGGGGGGUGAGAUUGAGGAUGUGUUGAAUAGAAUUAAAGAGGCAGAUUUACUUGUUCAGUUGAAUCCGAGAGUAGAAGAUGGGAGCAGAGUGCAGUAUAUAUUGCCGAGUUUGGCGAGCGUGGUGCCGAAAACGGGCAUGUUCAUGCCCGAUAACCCUUAUUUCGCUUCGUCGUCGGGGUCUCAGGCGGAGUCUUCUCAUAGGAAGGGUUCAGAGUCGAGCGAUGCAGCAGCGCAGUAUCCAAGUCCGCCGGUGUAG